AUGGCCCCCGUUUUUGACGCCAAAACCUUGAGAAUUCUCGGACUGGAGCCACUGGAAACCUCCCCAAGUCCACCCCCUCUGAGCCCUCAACCAUCUAGGAAGGCCAACUAUGCUCAGCCAUCUGACUCGGAGGAUGACAUGGACGACAAAGCUUCCGAGGAUGAGGAAAUAGCAGAUCUGGCUCCAACUCAGGGGAAAGGGAAGCGAAAGCGUACAGCUGACGAUGAGGGGCCAAUCACCGAGAUUGAGGUCCUCCUUGAUAUCACCCCUGUAACCGAGAUGAGCAAGCCCAAAACCAAGCGACGCAUCAAAAAGAUGACCUUCCAUUUUGCUCUCGACGAGCCGUGGGACACGAUGAAGGCUCAGAUCCUCUCGCAAGUCACUAAAGUGGGCGGCGAGAACAAGAAAGUCCCUCCGUUUGAAUGCUGUGAUGUCCUUUUCAGUGUAAAAGAUUCUGGGAAGACUACUAAGCUCUCUUUGACCAACGAAGCCGACUUCAAGACCUUGAAAGAUCGUGCCGCCAAACUCCCUCGGGGCAAGGCCCAGAUCCACCUCUUUGUUGAUGAGCACGAGGAGGAUAAGCAGGCCGAUGGGGCAGAAAAGGAGAACUCUAAUGGGGCAAAGGGGGGGAAACGGAGUGGUGCCGGCAGUAAGGCUAGCAAGCAAGCUAGCAAGGUUCUUCCAGUGAACGAGCGGAAGAGCGAAUUCAUCAAGCAGCUCAAGGAGAAGUACUACUGCCGUCUCGCAUCUUCAGUCUGCUCUAGCACCCAUUGUUUCGAGCUUACUGGUGGCAAGCAUCUCCCCCUCAACUUCAAUCGCCUCGAAUGCUGGGCCACUUCACUGCUCAAAGGUGAUUCGGAAGAAUCGACGCUGGAGAAGCCGCCGAACCACUCCCUAUUCGACAUCAACCAAGCCAGCACUUUGAAGCCGGAUAUCCUCGAAGAACGUCAAAAGAUGUUGGCUGCCAAAAAUGCGCCCGCAGUCGCACAGCCCAUCAUCAAUGUCCACAUCCCUCAGAUGCCGAGUGCUUCUCUCCAGCAAGCGACUAACUCUGGUAACAGUGACCAGCUCCUUCCACCUGACCGUCUCCCUGGAGCAAGUAUGCCCCUAGUGGCCUUUUGUCAGCAGUAUGAGCUUGAUGGCGACAUACUCAAAAAGCUUGAGGAACACAAGUUUCGGCAGGUCGAACACCUUCGAUUCACUACUCUUCCUGUACUCGAGAAAAUGGGUCUUCACUUUGGCGAGGUGGCAGCCCUUCAGCACGCUGUCGAGAACUGGUCGGUCCCUCGCACCUGA